CAGUCAGGCAGUGAGAGAGUUUGCAGCCAGAAUGUUUGCCACGCCCCUCAGACAGCCAGCUGCGGCCAACCAGAGGCCAAAGAGUUCCCCUGGCAUGGAAGAACAUGGGAAACCGUAUCAGUACGAGAUUACCGAUCACGGAUACGGCAAGGAUGCGGUCAAGGUUCUGCAUGUCAGUCGCAAGGGACCUGUGCACACCAUCCAGGAGUUCGAGGUGGGCACUCACCUGAAGCUGUACAGCAAGAAGGAUUACUACCAGGGCAACAACUCGGACAUCGUGGCCACCGAUUCGCAGAAGAACACCGUCUAUCUGCUGGCCAAAAAGCACGGCAUCGAGAGUCCCGAGAAGUUUGCCCUGCUCCUGGCCAGGCACUUCAUCAACAAGUACUCGCACGUGGAGGAGGCGCACGUCCAUGUGGAGGCCUAUCCCUGGCAGCGAGUAUGCCAGGAGGAGACCAGGACCACCCUCAAUGGAAAGUGUGAGAACGGAGUCCAAGGAAACUGCGACUUCAGCUCCGUUGACAACAGAUCGCUGCACAAUCACGCUUUUAUUUUCACUCCCACCGCCUUUCACUACUGCGAUGUGGUUUUGAGGAGAACAGAUCCCAAACAAACGGUCAUCACGGGCAUCAAAGGCCUGCGAGUGCUGAAGACGACCCAAUCCUCGUUUGUGAACUUCGUGAAUGACGAGUUCAGAUCUCUGCCAGAUCAGUAUGAUCGCAUCUUUAGCACCGUGGUGGAUUGCUCCUGGGAGUACUCCGACACCGACAACUUGGACUUCCUGAGGGCCUGGCAGACGGUCAAGAAUAUAAUCAUUCGUAACUUCGCUGGCGAUCCGCAGGUGGGCGUGUCCUCGCCCUCCGUGCAACACACCCUGUAUCUCAGUGAACGACAGGUCCUGGAUGUCCUGCCGCAGGUGUCGGUCAUUUCGAUGACCAUGCCGAACAAGCACUACUUCAACUUCGAUACGAAGCCCUUCCAGAAAAUUGCUCCGGGCGAUAAUAACGAAGUUUUCAUCCCAGUGGACAAGCCACAUGGCACCAUCUAUGCCCAGUUGGCCCGGAAGCACCUCAACAGUCAUCUCUAGACCGAUCUCUGAUGUAGUAAGACUCAAUCUAAGCCAAUUUAGCCAAUUCAUAAUCGCAUACGGCGAAGUUAUAUAUAUUAUGUUAUAAAUGAUGAUAAACUAAUAAAAAGUAAGGGGAAACUAUUUUUGA